AUGCGUCUCACCCUCCUUUCUGCCCUCGCCCUCAGCGGCACCUUCGCCGCCAGCAACCCCGUUCCCAGCUCCGCUGGUCCUUACGCCUGCGGCGCCGCCUACACGGAACCAGACUUUGCCGGCGACGUCGAAUACCUCUGGCUAAAGGCGGGCUGCGUGAAUAUCCCGGAAGGUUUAGCUGGCAACAUCUCCUCGGUUCGCCAGACCGAUGAUUCUUCGAGCUACUGCAUGCUGUAUGCCGAGGCAGACUGUCCGCAGAAUGAUGAUGACGUUUUCCCCGUCUACAGCGGGGAUGAGUAUGCGAACAUGCCGAUAGAUUGGGAUGAUGUGCUGAAGAGUUAUGAAUGUGAUUACCUUUCGAACACCGACAUGACCAAGCGCGCGAACCGCGACGGCCCCUGGAUCCCGCCCAAGCACGGCUUCCACGACCCGCCUGCGACCCAAUCCAAGCGUACCGAACCCAAUGCCGCCAUCUUCCACAGCGAAUCUCACCUAUCCGGCUACACCCUCGAGGUUCCUUACGGCCAGCCCUCGUCCUGCGUCCCCCUGAGCAGCAUCUGGGACAAGGCUAUCCAAUCGCUGGAAGUCAUUGAGGGCAGUGAAUGCAGCUUUUACCAAUCCUACAACUGUACCGGAUCCAGCUUCACCGUCGCACCCCCGGCCGGCGUUUCCAAGUCCCUCCCCAACGGCUUCGAUAAGGCGAUUAGCAGUUACCAGUGCCACCCUGCGUCAAAUCAGUCCAUGGAAAAGCGCGAGGACGACGACGCCGUAUACUUCUACAAAGAGCAGGACCUAUGUGGUGAGAGCGAGGGUAUCGCGCCUGGCCACUUCUCGCUCUGCUACGACCUCCAAUACGACGUCAUUGGCGGCGGCGACUGGGACAACGUCGCGCGCUCGGUGAGGGUGAUAGAGGGCUGGAAGUGCACGUUUUAUGACGAUCAACGCUGCACAGGCCUCAACUUUGAGCUCGUCUCCAGUGCGGCCAGCACGCUCGAUGCUAGGUUCGACAGGGCGCUGAGUAGCGUUCGCUGCUGGCGCGAGGAGGGAGCCUCUCCCGCCGAGUCUAAGCGCAUGAUCCCGGUGGACGACCUCGAUCUCGUCAAGCGCGAUGACUAUGCUACGCAUCUGUUCAAGCAACAGGGUUUGGCAGGUGAUCAUCUGGAUAUCCGCCCGGGCACGGUUUGCAUUAACCUCUACAACGUAUUUGGGGGAUGGGAUAAUGCGGUGCGAUCAAUUCAAGUCACUGCUGGGAAUAAGUGCCAGUAUUGGGAGAACGAGAAUUGCGCAGGCAGUUCCUUCACAAUGACGCAGGGCGUCAAGAACACGCUCACUCCGGCAUUCGAUGCUAGCCUGAGUAGUGUGCAGUGCUGGUCUGUCUAGGUGGGCUAGCGCUAUCCACAGGGGUGGAUGUAGGCGUCACGGCGUACAUGGAGUUGUGAGGUGCUGGUGCCUCCAAGUGCUCGAAAAAGAUGACUUGAAUAGGUAUACCAUGCAGUCGAUCUCUUUUAGCUGAGCGAAUGUGUCCAGAGCGGGCAUACUUUCAUUCCCUGUUCUACUAAAUUUACUUUGGCCC